UCAGUUGUGCCUCCAAUUGUGUCAGCAGGGGAUAAGAACAGUGAGUGACUCAAGACAGAAAAGAAAGUGAUCCAAAAUGGCAGAGGCCAGUGUUAUAUGGAGUCAGGAUGCGUUCAGCUGUCCAAUCUGUCUGGAUUUACUGAAAAAUCCUGUUGCUAUUCCCUGUGGCCACAGUUUCUGUAUGGACUGCAUCACAGGCUGCUGGGAUCAGGAAGAGCUGAAGGGAGUCUACAGCUGCCCACAGUGCAGACAGACCUUUACACCCAGACCAGUUCUGGGCAGGAACACAAUGCUGGCUGAAGUGGUGGACAAACUGAAGAUCAUGGGAUUCCAGGCUGCUCCUCCUGCUCAGUGUUAUGCUGGACCUGGAGAUGUGGAGUGUGAUGUUUGCACUGGGCGAAAACAAAAGUCUGUCAAGUCCUGUCUGGUCUGUCUGUCCUCUUACUGUGAAACUCACCUCAGAGUUCAUAAUGAUCUCAACCCAGGGAAGAAACACAAAGUGGUUGAUGCUGCUGGUAAACUAGAAGAUCUGAUCUGUUCUCGUCAUGAUAAACUACUGGAGGUCUUCUGCCGCACUGAUCAGACAUGCAUAUGUUUCCUGUGUGUCAUGGAUGAACAUAAUGGACAUAAAACAGUUUCAGCUGCGGCUGAGCGAAUUGAAAAACAGAAACAGUUGGAGGAGAGCUGCAGAAAAACCCAGCAGACAAUCCAUCAGAGACAUAAGCACCUGCAGCAGAUGAAAGAGGCCAUGAAGUCUCUUAAGCACUGUGCUCAGGCAGCAGUGGAGGACAGUGAGAGGAUCUUUACUGAAAUGAUCCGCUCCAUUGAAAGAAGACGCUCUGAGGUGACACAGCUGAUUAGAGAUCAGGAGAAGGCUGAAGUGAGUAAAGCUGAAGAACUCAUGGAGAAACUGGAUAAAGAGAUUGCUGAGUUGAAGAAGAGAGAUGCUGAGCUGGAACAGCUUUCACAAACAGAGGAUCAUACAAGCUUUCUCCGGAGUUUUCAGUCUCUGUGUUCCUUGACUGACCCAGAUGAUUCAUCAUCCAACCUCAGUUUCUGUUCAGAUAUGUCAUUUGAAGAAGUGAAGGGAAAUAUGUCUCAGUUGAAAGAUAAAGUAGAAGAUUUAUUUAAGCAUUGUGUAGAACAGAUUUCAAUGAGAGCAAAAGUGAUACAAAUAUCCUCUCCCCAUGAGCUCUUGACCAGACAAGACUUCUUAAAAUACUGUCAACUAAAUCUAGAUCCCAACACAGCAAACCCAAAUGUUCAUUUGUCUGAUGGUAAUAAGGAAGGUAUUUGUAGACUUUAUACACAGUCAUAUCCUGACAAUCCAGAGAGAUUUGACCUAUGGCCACAGGUGCUGUGUAAGGAGGCUGUGACUGGAAGAUGCUACUGGGAGGUGGAGUGGACCUCAGAACAUUGGAAAGGUUCUGUAGCAGUAUCCGAGAUCUGCAGGAAGAGAGAAGACCAACAGGCCCAGUUUGGGUACAAUAAACACUCUUGGAGUUUAAACUGCUCUUCCACUGCAUGCUCUUUCAUACACAAUGGAGAGGAGACUAAACUCAGUGUUAAACGCAGCAGUAGAAUUGGAGUGUAUGUGGAUCACAAAGCUGGAGUUCUGUCUUUUUAUAGCAUCCACAGUGACAAAAUGACCCUCCUGCACAAAGUCCAGGCCACAUUCACUCAGCCACUCUAUCCUGGUUUUUCUUUCAAACAUUAUAACACAAAAGUAAAGCUAUGCCAUUAGGUAUGCCAUUUUGUGUGGGUGUCAUCACCCAACAUGAUGAACCUUUUCCAUCUACCUGAUGCACCCAAAUAUUUCUAGCACUAUGCAGUUUCAUUUCUGACUCUGCCUUGCCUUAAAAAAAAUCCACCAGUCUCAAUCAAAUGCAUGUUGAUUUGGUUUAAACAUACACGUAUUUCUUGUCAGAUAAAACAAGGCUAUAGACAUAACAACAACAUACUAUUUUUAAGGAUAAGUUCUUCCAGAAUUCCUUGGCAACGCAGUUCUGUGUAUGGGUAUUUUUUGGAGAUUAGUUCAUGUUCAUAGAUCUGAUUCAUGUUUACAAUGCUGUCCAAUGCAUUAAUAAUUUGUCAUUUGUACAUACUGAAGAUAGUGCACUUCAUUAUAACCGGACUUUGUUGUAUACAUAUCAGAAUCAAUAAAUAUGUGUUGUUUGGCUUGGCAUAUUAUAACGGGUGUGGAGGAGCAGCGGUAAUGUUACUGUCUGACAAUUGCUUGACCUGGGUUCAAUUCUCGCCCAUUGCAAGUCCAUGUCACUAUAGCAUCUGUUAAAUAUCAGUCAACUUUAUAACACAGCUUUUAUUUUAUUUUGCUAUUUUUUGUCCAAACCCUAAUGUAACAAGCUGUAGUGAAAAGAGCGAUUUAUUUUUUGUGAGAGAAAUCAACUAAUAAAAAACGCCUCACUUUCA